GUAGGUGACAGCGAGGCUUGGCUCAGGACGGGAAGGGCUGGUCCCCGGCUGAUGGGCGGCGAUGUGAUGGGCUUGGCCGCGGAGGAGGGGCAGCGAGACCAGCAGGAGAAGCAGGCAGCGGCGGGACCGGUCCCGGGAAGUGUGGUACCUUUCCCCGGACGAUGCGCAGCUGAGUGGUGGGGGAGCUGGUCCCCGGGGGGAGCGUCCGGCCCCAGCCAUGAGCGAUCAGAGCAAGACCCUGCACAAAUGGAACGCAAGCUUCAGGAAGGGCACGGACUUCGACUCGUGGGGGCAACUGGUGGAGGCCAUAGAUGAGUAUCAGAUAUUAGCUCGACAACUACAGAAGGAAGCGCAGUCACCGGCCAACUCGUCCGACUUCACCGAGGAUCAGAAGAAAAUAAUUGGAAAAAUUGCAACAUGCCUAGAGCUCCGCAGCGCCGCCCUGCAGUCCACACAAUCUCAAGAAGGAUUCAAGCUGGAGGACAUCAAGCAACUAGAACCAAUCCUGGACAACCUUCUGACGUUCAACAAAGAAUUCCCCUUUGACGUUCAGCCUGUUCCUCUCAGGAGGAUUUUAGCUCCAGGAGAAGAAGAGAACUUAGAAGUGGAGGAGGAGGAAGAGGAAGGAGGCGCUGGGGUCGGCUCUCCAGACUCCUUUCCAGCUCGGGUCCCUGGAGCCAUCCAAGGAACCCUGCUCCCCAGACUGCCCUCCGAGCCCGGCAUGACCCUCCUUACCAUCAGAAUUGAGAAAAUUGGUUUGAAGGAUGCUGGUCAGUGUAUUGACCCUUACAUUACGGUCAGUGUGAAGGAUAUAAACGGCAUCGAUCUGACGCCGGUUCAGGACACGCCCAUGGCGUCCAGGAAGGAGGACACAUACGUCCAUUUUAAUGUUGAAAUUGAAAUCCAGAAACAUGUCGAAAAACUUACAAAAGAUACAAGAAACCGACAGACUUCAAAAGGAAGAAACUGCAGCUGCUAACUAAGAAGCCACUGUAUCUCCACUUACACCAGACAUUGCACAAGGACUGACCACUCUGCCGUCUUCCACCCUCCUCCCCUAUAGAAGUGUCUCUCGCAGGCCGCACUGGUGCCCCAAACCCCUUCCCCUCCCCGCAGCAUGAUGGUUUAUGUCCCACAGCAAUAAGGCGAGCAGCAGGACCCGCGCCAUCUACCCCAAGGACUUUGGUGACCGGUUCACUCCUGUAUAUACCUCCCCUCACCCUGCGGCCGGGUCUACAACCACGAGCAUUGGUUAUUAGAAUCUUUUGUUUUUUUUUACCUUUCCUAAAAUUCCAUAUUUACAUACAAUAACUAACAAUUGCCUCGUAAAAAACAAAAAAAAAUCUACAUUUUAUACGGAGACUUCACCGCUGCUCAAAAUUAAAACAAAAUAUUUCAAUUUUACGGACUUCAUGAAGAUUUCCAGUUUGUACAUUUUAUUUUAUUUUUACAUCCACUUAUAAUUUGCCUCAUGUUUUGUAUCUGAUUACAUUUCCCUUAUAAAGUGAUUUGUACAGGA